UCUAUUGUUUUACAUAACUAUAAUCAAAUUAAGUAGUAAUGGUAGCCUAGUGAAAUUUCAACUUCCACUAGAUAUGUUUUUGACCUAACAAUCCUGGUUUCACAUAGCGAUUGAAGCUCUCAGAAGUCAGUUUGGGCUUCACUUUGAGAUCUUCUAUUAUAGAAAAUAUUUCAAGAGAAAACAAUUUUAAUGAAUUAUUUGCAAAUUGUACUCUAAAAUUAUUAUUUUUAAAAUUACGACCAUCACAGUGAAACUCAUUCAUACCAUUAUAUAUGUAUAUUCAUAAAUAAUUAAAAGGCUAGUAUGAAAAAGUUAAGAAUAUGCUAAUCUGCCUAUGUAUGUAUAUGUACAUCUAUGCAGAUACGUGCUGCGUGCAUAUAUAAAUAGAGAUGGUAAAGAUUGUCUGUCUCCUAUUGGUGAAGGGGACAGAGAAGAAGAGUAUUUUAGCCUUUUUCUUGUGAUAUUUUUUUAGAUUUUGAGCGGUCUUAAUUAUCUUUAUUUCUCCACCUCAGAUUACCAUGUCUACGGUUCCGGUGAAGCCACUAACUCCGGUUGGCUUACAUCCUAUUCGCCGGAACCUCACUAGUACGACGACUUUGAAAUCUCAGGCAAUGCUCACCGCCGUUCCGAGCAAGCAUAUUAUCGGGUUGUCUACUUAUAAUAGAUGCUUUGAGUUUAAAUCUUGGAGCCAAAUGAGAAAUCCAGCGUUUUUAAGCCACCGUCGGCGAGUUAGCACGGUGGUGGCUUCGGCAGGAAACAUGACUGCACCGUCGUCUUGGGAGUCUUGGAUGCCAGAUAAGAAGGCGGCGGCGACAACUCUAUUGCUGAGUGAUGCCAUUUGGCCCGCAGCUGGAGCGUUUGCGGCGAUGGCUAUAAUGGGAAGAAUGGAUCAAAUGUUAUCUCCAAAAGGGAUCACAAUGUCAGUUGCACCACUUGGUGCCGUCUGCGCCAUUCUUUUCACCACUCCAUCUGCUCCUGCUGCUCGGAAAUACAAUAUAUUUUUAGCUCAAAUAGCCUGUGCUGCGAUUGGAGUGGUAGCGUUCUCCGUAUUCGGUCCAGGUUGGCUCGCCCGGAGCGUUGCCCUCGCCGCUUCUAUCGCUUUUAUGGUCAUUGCUCGUGCCAAUCACCCUCCUGCGGCGAGCCUACCACUAAUGUUCAUAGAUGGAGCAAAGUUUCAUCACUUGAAUUUAUGGUACGCAUUGUUCCCAGGGGCAGCCGCAUGUGUCAUUCUAUGCCUGCUCCAAUCGAUCAUAUGCUACUUGAAGGAAAACAUAAAAUUUUGAUGAAUCCUCAAGCGACACAUACGAUCGAAUGAUAUAUAUAUAUAUAUAAAUAAAUGUACAAAUACACAUAUUGAUGGAACCAUUGUGAAUGUAUUUGAUUCAUCUAUGUAUACCCUUGUACGUAUCAAUACGUUCAUUCAGAAUAUGGAGUUCACUUUCUUUCUUUUUAGUUAUCAUCUGAUGACAUUUAA